AUGACAACUUGGAGAGCAUUAAUCUCACCAUCUAAUAAUGUGUCUCUAUAAGAAUCGAAUAAGGAGUCGAUAGACAAUAGGAUUCACACUCUACCUAAAGGAAGACACACAAAAACUAUUACUUAGAGUACUAAUAUUUCCCAUCAAAAACCGACUAUUAAAAGAUUACACUCAAAAUCAAUAGACAUAGAUUAGGCAUUCAUCAAAUCGUCUUCUGAUAAUUUAUUAGAUGAAAUUAACGACAUAGAUGAGGGAUUUCAAUAUGAUGAGAUCAAAGAAAUGUUGAUAAGAAACUCGAUUAAUCUGAAAAAAUUGCAUAAAGAUAUUGACAUUUUUGAUUAUAAUUAAAGACAAAUUAAAGCAUUAUAAAAAUAAAUUUUGUUUUAGAGAAGUAAGUAUAAUUUAAGAAUCAAUUCGUAAAUAAACAAUUGCAAUAAAAAGUUACAGUAAAUUUAAAGCAAUUUAUAAUCAAAUUAUUGA